CACACGGUCCAAAAAUACGGGCUAGUCAAUGAGACAUCAUGUCUGGUUCAUCUUCUUCUACCUCCUCAUCAAGAUUCCUAAAGAUAGGUAUGGUAGGAUUUGGCAACUUUGGUCAGUUCCUGGCAAACACCAUGAUCAAACAAGGUCACACUAUAACGGCGACUUCUCAAUCCGAUUACUCUCAGCUGUGUGCCCAAUUGGGUAUCUUAUUCUUCGGGGACAUGGAGGCAUUUCUUGGAGAGGACAACGAUGUCAUAUUGUUAUGUACAUCAAUUGUAUCUCUAUCAAAGGUCCUCAAGUCAAUGCCAUUCCACUGUCUGAAGCGGCCAACAUUCUUUGUCGAUGUACUUUCAGUCAAAGAACACCCAAGAGAUGUUCUAUUGCAAGUACUGCCGGAGGAGUCAGAUGUGCUUUGCACUCACCCGAUGUUUGGACCAGAGAGUGGGAAGAAUGGGUGGAAAGACUUGAGGUUCAUGUAUGAUAGAGUUCGAAUAAAGGACGAAACUAUAUGUUCAAGUUUUCUCCAAAUUUUCGAAAGAGAGGGUUGCAAAAUGCUGGAAAUGACUUGUGAAGAGCACGAUAAACAGGCCUCUAAAAGUCAAUUUCUUAGUCAUGUAAUCGGCAGGGCAUUGGCAGAAAUGGACAUCAAGUCCACAUCUAUAGACACCAAGAACUUUCAGACACUUGUUCAAUUGAAAGAAAACAUAAUGAGAAAUAGUUUUGAUCUGUUUAGCGGGUUAUUCAGCCAUAAUAAGUUCGCGAAACAAGAGCUGGAGAAUCUAGAACUUGCCUUAGGGAAAGUUAAACAAGCGCUGCUACAGAGCAUGAAUGAGGAGCAGGAUUAAGUUUGUCUAACCACUAAUGAGGGCCUUUGCGGACAUAAAUGUUGUAAUCAUUUUGACUCGUGUCUCUAUUUUCUAUGGUUAUCAAAUUGUUAUGGAUACAUUCAUUACUAGUGAGGAAAACAUGAUAUGAGCUAAACAUCCAUUGUACUUACUUCGUAUGCUGUCUUUAUAUGACAAACACAUGGUUUUUAGAAUAA